AUGAUGAACCUGAACAACAGUGGACCCGGAUCAUCGGCAAUGAACCAAUACCCGUAUAUAGCGGCAAUCCCCGUCACGGCCUCCGGGAUGGGCGGCAUGGCAUCGCAGCUGGGUGCGCAGAAUGGCGCUGCAGCGCCAAACAACGGCGCCAUCGCGCAGAUGGGCGGCGCGCAGAAGAAAAAGGCCGGUCGCGUCGGCCGCAAGAGAAAAAGCAGGCUUGUUUCUGGCCCUACAGAUGAUCCAGACUUGAACGCAAGGCUCUUGAUGAAGUGCACGUGCCGGAAGAAGGACCCUAAUCGGAUCCCCCGGCCAAGAAACGCGUUUAUUUUGUUCCGGCAGAAGCAUCACCAGGAAUUACUGGAAGAAGGCGGCAAAAUCCGGACAAACCCGGAGGUUUCGAAGGAGUUGGGCCGCAGGUGGAGGAACUUACCGCCGGAAGAGAAGGCAUACUGGGUAAAGCAGGCGGAGGAGGAGAAAAAAAGGCACGCGGAGAAGUAUCCAAACUACAAAUACACUCCGAAGAGAAACAGCAAGAAAAAAUGUCCGCACUGCCUUGCAAAGAUGCAGCUUAAGAUGCUAAAGAAUGCGAAGAAGCGGGGUGCGCCAACGGGUCCGCACGGGCUUUUGCUUACGGGCAAGCACAACGCGCUGGCUGGCGCAGGGAUGCUGGCGGGUGGCAUGCCGGCAGGUGCACCUGGCGCAGGCAAUUCCGGCGCUGCGGGACCCGCGCAGGGCAUCGCGCCGGGUAUCUCGUACAGCCAGUACGCGUCGCAGCAGCCGUUCGCGUUCGCAUUGGGUGGCAACCAGUUCUACGCGGACUUGGGCCAGGGCGCUGCGCAGAACCCGCAGCAGCAGGCGCAGCAGCAGUUCCAGUGGUUGCAGUCGCCGCAGCAGGUGUCGCAGGGAUCGCCGCAGCAGGCGGCCUCCGGUGCAGGCGCACCUAUGUACUACCAGCAGGGCAUGAUGGGAUUGCAGCAGGUCGUGCUCCUUCCGCAGCAGCAGGCCGCAGUUGCCGCAGCCGCCUCGCAGCAACAAAAUCACCAUGGCAACGCGUCGCAGCAACUUUACAAGGCCGAGGACCUCUACCCGGGAAUGGGCAACGGGUCCGUGUCGCACCAGGGCAACCAGGCUGUGCAGCAGGCCCAGCAGGUCCAGCAGGUUCAGCAGGCACAGCAGGCGGGCGCCGGGCAGAACACGAGCCAGAACUCGCUCAGCUACUCGCCGGGGUCGGCCAGCGUGUCGAAGUCGCCUAGCUUGACGCAGAACAUGCAGCAGAGUGCCGUGAACGACCAGGCGGGCUACCAGGGCCUCUUCGGGCAGCCGCAGAACGCCAUGCGGUACUCGUCGGGCCAGCAGCAGCAACAGCAGGCCACGUCUCCACAGUCACUCCAGCAGAUGUACAUGCAGCUUGACUCCAAUGGCCAGCAGCAGCAGGGUGGAAACCAGAAUGGCAACCAGGGCGGCAACCAGGGAAACGGCCAGGACCUGCAGCAGGGCAACCAGGGAAACGGCCAGGCCCAGAAUAUGGGCUAUUUGCACAGCUAUGACUUCCAGCAACUGCAACAAAGUGCUUCUCAGCAGAGCCAGGUGCCUCUUCCUCCCAUCAACAACAUUUCGCUCCCUCCGCUCAACAUGGGCCAGAAGGGCAAUUAG